AGAGAGAGUAGAGAGUUAAUGAAAAUUUUUGUCUGUAUUCUGAAACAAGGUCGAAUGUUGGAGACUAAGGAAACAAAAAAAAAUCAAAAGCUUUUAUCAUCAUGUCAUGGCUGGCUCAUGAGUCUUUCAAAUAGCUAGCUCUGCACCGCUCCUCUCCUCUCAACCUUUCUUAAACCUAAAAAAAAUCCCCAAUUUCUCUCCCUAUCCUCUCAUUUUUCCUAAGUGGCACUGAGAGAGAGAAGAGACAAAUAAAUAAAAAAGAGUGAGCCUUUGUGGGUGGUUUUAAGGUUCUUUUUAUAUUUAUGUUUGCAAAGACAUUAGGCUAAGAGAAAAGGCGGGUGCUUUUUUUUUUGUUUCCUCUGUUUUCUUCUUUCUUGGAUUUUUGGGUGUUGCUUUGUGUGAAGGUUAAAGUUUUGAGCUAUCUCCUAGGUUUCCACUACAGAGACAAAAGGGGUAUUUUGAGAGCUUUUUUAAUCGGGUUUGAAAAGGUUUGUAGCGGUGGUGUUUCUCUGGUAAAAGUUUGGGACUUUUUUGGGUGGAUAUAGUCAGGAAAUAGAAAGAAGGGAAACACUGUGUGUGUGUUUUGGUUUAAUGGGAACAAGAGCAGAACGUAAGGAAGGUUAUAUUGGUGGGUUUGGAUUUGGAGUUGUAGAACAUUCGCAUAAAGACGUUAUGGUGCUACCCCAUCAUCAUUACCAUCCAUCAUAUUCCUCUCCUUCCUCUUCUUCCUUGUGCUACUGUUCUGCUGGUCUUGGCGAUCCCAUGUUCUCUGUUUCAAGCAAUCAAGCAUACGCUUCUUCUCACGGUGAUAUGUUCUCCCAUGCCGGUUCUAGUUCUGCUUCUGUGACUGUAGCAGAUCCUUUUUUCACCUUGAGCUCUUCUUCAGGGGAGAUUGGAAGAAGUAUGAGUGGAAACGCAAGUGUAGCUUUCAGUAACGCUCAGUGGCAGGAGCUUGAGAGGCAGAGGAAUAUAUACAAGUAUAUGAUGGCUUCUGUUCCUGUUCCUUCCGAGCUUCUCUCACCCUUUCCAAAGAACCACCCACCAACCACUAACCCGAAUGUAACAGUGGCAAUGACUAAAGGAGGUUCGUUGCAGCUGGGAAUUGCUUCAAUCGCAAGUAAUAACACGGCUGAUCAGGAGCCAUGGAGGUGCAAGAGAACGGAUGGGAAGAAAUGGAGAUGCUCUAGAAACGUGAUUCCUGACCAGAAAUACUGCAAGAGACACACACACAAGAGCCGUCCUCGUUCAAGAAAGCAUGUGGAAUCAUCUCACCAGUCAUCUAACCACAGUGACACUCGUAGUAGCGCUAAGAAUGAUACUAGCCAGUUUACUAGAGCUUAUCCUCAGUUUUACGGACAACCUGUAAACCAAGUCCCUGUGCUUUCUACUCUUCAGUCCGCUUCCUCUUUAUAUGAUCACAACAGAGGAUUGAGGUGGUUUAGGAAAGAAGGUGAUGCCACUGGAACUUUAAACCCGGAGAUUCAUGAAACUGUCCCGCUGAAGGUUGGAUCACGCAGAGAGCUCAAACGCGGAUUCAAUUACGAUCUGAAUUUCAGGCAGAAGGAGCCAAUAGUAGACCAGAGCUUUGGAGCGUUGCAGAGUCUAUUGAGUGUAAACCAGACACCACACAACCAAGAGACAAGGCGGUUUGUUGUACAAGGGAAACAAGAUGAAGCAAUGGGAAGCUCUCUGACACUAUCAAUGGCUGGAGGAGGAUCUAUGGAGGAAGCAGAAGGAACAAACCAGCAUCAUCAGUGGGUUAGCCAUGAAGGUCUAUCAUGGAUCUAUUCAACAACAACACCAGGUGGACCGUUGGCUGAAGCAUUGUAUCUUGGUGUCUCCACCAACAACCCAAGUUCUAGUACUACUACUAGCAGCUGCAGCAGAAGCUCAAGCUAAAAAAAAAGAAAGGACUCGAGUUGUGUGUGUUGUUUUUAUAAACAAGUCAAAAACCGGUUUUAGUGAUUUGUUUGAAAAUCUGAGACCUUUCUUAGCUUUUGUUUGUGUGUUUGCAGUUAGAUUUUGUAGAAGAAGAUUCUAUGAUGAAACAAGUUGACGAAUCAAAUUGCAACUUUUUCACCUUACGUUGAA